GGCUGCAGCUCAUGUCGACCUCUCCCCAACUUCUCAUGCGCACUGCAAUCAAACUAAAUAUCAAAGACCACUCGUGCAUAAAGUUGCUGGCACCCGCCUCUUCGCACUCCAAACCUAAACCAUGUACCCGUUUAAUGGCAGUCUCAGUAACUUCAGUCUGAUGAUGGAGGUUGAGGACAUGCCCCGGGAUGAGAACCUGGCCAAAGUAGAGAUCGCGCUGCUCAGCGUCAUCUUCGUCAGUGCCGUUAUCCUGAACACCGGGCUACUACUGGUUCUGUGGAAGCGGCGCAAACAGGUAUCCAAGAUGCGUGUCUUGGUGUUCCAUCUGUGCGUUGCAGACCUGGUUGUGGCGUUUUUCCAGGUGUGCCCGCAGCUCAUGUGGGACAUUACGGACAGAUUCAUCGGACCGGACCUGGUGUGCCGCUUGGUGAAGUAUCUGCAGGUCGUGGGCAUGUUUGCGUCCACCUACAUGAUCGUAGUGAUGACCAUUGACCGCUACCAGGCUAUCUGCAACCCUAUGGUCAAGUUUCAGAGGAGGCGAGAGCGCUGGAACAUCCCUGUUUGCAUCGCCUGGUCGAUCUCCCUCGUGGGCGGCCUGCCUCAGAUCUUCAUCUUCUCGCGGGUGCAGGUGGCGCCCGGGGUGUUCGACUGCUGGGCGUACUUUAUCCAGCCCUGGGGCCUGAAGACAUACAUCACCUGGACCACGCUGGUUAUCUUUGUCUUGCCCAUUUUGACCGUGGUGGUGUGCCAGGUGCGAAUCUGUCGAGCCAUCCAGAACAACCUUUACUUAAAGACGCACCAGGAUGGGGGUAGCGGGGUUGCCUUUCAGCUGCCCUCCAGAACCAGCAGCGUGGCCGGGGUGUCCAAAGCACGAAUCAAGACUGUGAAGAUGACAGUGGUGAUCGUGCUUGCCUACAUCAUCUGCUGGACUCCGUUCUUCACGGUCCAGCUUUGGUCUGUGUGGGACAAGGACGCACCAACGGAAACCGCAACGUUCACCAUCCUGAUGCUGAUGGCGAGUCUGAACAGCUGUGCAAACCCCUGCAUCUACCUGCUCUUCAGCGGCCAGCUGCCCAAUAAACUGGUGACAGUGCUGUGCCGAAGGCCUUCUGACGGGAAAGACUCCAUUAACUACGAGGCCACAGUAGUCAGCUCGCUCUACAUGAGCUUCAAAAGCAUCUCCGACUCCAAAUAGAGCACACGGUUUUCCGUUGGUGAUGUAGGGUUGCGCUGGGUGUCACAGGGAGAUAUAUCACGGUUGUAAAAUCUCUGGCAGACAACAUCAGAUUGAGAGACAUUAGCUAGGUUUCCGACAGAUUUGAAUGUGAAUAUUCUAAAAUCUGCAUAAAAACAAUAUGCGCUUUCCCACCAGCGAUGU